CCAGUGGUGGCUCGACCGCGUCGCAACUUAGUCGUAUCAGUCUGUAACUAAAUGCGAUCGUUCCAUUUUAUUUUCUGACGAUGUAAUAAAGUUGAAUUAAAACUAACACAUGACCGAUUAAAUAGUGAUGUGGAACAUUCAGUGAUUUUAAUUGAUGAUUUUAUUAUGCAAGACUUUAACCUUUCAUUAGAAGUUUUGGAAUUUUUCUCUUAUCUUCAAGUUACGGAGUAAUGUGAUGCCGUCAUUACUUUGGCAACUAUGGAGACUGAUUACGAGGAUAUUCUGAUGCUAAAUAUUUCAAACGCUACGGCCCACGCGGCCGCGUACGCCGAACCUGACUCUUUGAAUCUCUUAGUGCCUGUGAGCAUCGCGUACAGCAUCAUCUUUACCGCUGGCAUUUUGGGAAACAUCAGUACAUGCGUCGUCAUUGCGAGGAACCGGUCGAUGCACACAGCUACGAACUUUUACUUAUUUAGCCUCGCAAUUUCCGAUCUUAUACUCCUUAUUUGCGGGUUGCCUAUCGAACUGCACCGCAUAUGGCAUCCGUUUACGUACCCGCUGGGUGAGCCGCAUUGCAUCGCACUGGGCUUAGCAUCAGAGACAUCAGCUAAUGCUACUGUGUUGACUAUAACAGCGUUUACAGUUGAGCGAUAUAUAGCGAUAUGUCGACCGUUCAUGUCGCAUACAAUGUCCAAGUUGUCACGAGUGGUCCGUUUCAUUUUUGUGAUUUGGGUGUGUGCGUUGUGUACUGCAGUGCCGCAAGCUAUGCAGUUCGGGAUUGUGACGGAUGUCGAUAAUAUACAAAACACUAGUGUAUGUACAGUCAAAGGUGAAGGUGUACAUCAAGUGUUCGUAAUUUCGAGUUUUGUAUUUUUCGUAGUGCCAAUGUCUGUGAUUUGUGUGCUCUACGCGUUAAUAGGGAUCAAGUUACGGACUUCUACUGUUUUGAAGGUGAAAAAACCAUCUGUGGAAAGUCAAGAGCGGUGCUCCACUGGCACUAGCACCCGAUAUAAAAAUGGAACAGCCCAAGGACGAGUUAUUAGAAUGUUAGUGGCUGUGGCGCUCUCAUUUUUCAUCUGCUGGGCUCCAUUCCACGUUCAGAGACUGCUCGCCAUCUACGGGAAGCGGCUGAACACACCGUCUGAAACAUUUUAUCUGGCGUACAUCGUGCUGACCUGGUUGUCCGGGAUACUCUACUUCUUGUCGACUGCUAUCAACCCGUUCCUAUACAGCAUUAUGUCAAAUAAGUUUAGAAACGCUUUCAAGGUAACGUUAUCGAGUUGGCUAGGACGUAGACACGGACCGCGGAUGCGUCGCACUUACAGUGCACUUCAAGCUUUCCGUCAACAACGCGCAGCGUGCCCUUCUGAGCAUCACCCACGAAGAUUCCAGCGGCUCAACACAGCCACCACCCAGCUCUACGAUGCGCCUUCAAGAGCGCAGCUCUACGAUGGAGGCGAACACGCGUUAGAUGAGAGGUCGCCAUGGAUGAAUCACUGGGGGUGGGUGAGGCAGCGCGGACAGCCCUAUUGCUCUGCUCAGAGCAUCUCUAAUAGCAGCCUACGAGAAGUCGAGGAAGAAUUGACUGGAGAAGAACUAGCAAUCUACAUGGGCCAAGUCAACCGUGACAUAGGAGGACUUACCUGAGAUACACCGGUCUAAAACUGGUAUGAAACACCAGUUUUUGAAAUACAUUUGUUUGAUAUCAGUAGGCUGAUGAGACAGUUUGGUGUUUAUUCAUACACAUAUCUAUUACUGUUUUAUUGUAUCACUUUAGUACAAUUAGACAAUUUGAUAUUAUGUUUUUUCCCCUGCAUAUAUGUGUAUUAGUGUACUUUUGAUAUUUGGGAAAGUUUCUGAUUUGAGUGGGUUUAAAAUUCGAAAAAUGCAGCAAUAUAUUUUUAAAUCAGAAUUUAGUCAUAUAUUUUAUAAACUGUAAAAAAUUUAUUUGCAUUGCUAAUGUUAUUAAAAUUAUUUGGAAAUUAUUAAUUACAUAUUUCAAUUGCAUGCUGUGAUAGCUAACCGUCCGCUUUUGUUUAUUUAUAUAGUUUCCAAAAGUUUAGAUAACAACUAGAGCAUGAUUAUUUAUAUCUCCAUAAAAUGAUUACGAAGUUUAAGAAGCAACUUUUAGGGAAUAUUUUGUUAUAACUAUUUAUUAAAAAGAAGGCCAAACAACUAAAAAGUUUAUUUAUGCACAUAAAAUUAGAAAUAAUAAAAAAAUGAAUAUUUUGAAGUACGUAAUAUACAUUUAAGAAAUGAACAUACCAGAAAGUUAUAAAAAUAAUAAGAUGUUGAUAAUGAAUAUAUUUUUAUCAUAUUUAUUUUUUAUAUCAUGUAUUUAUGCUCAAAAUUAAUUAAGCAUGUAAGAUAGAAAAACAUUGUGUGUAUACUUACUAGGAACAAAACAAUUUGUAUUGCUAAAUUUUGUUUCCUGUUUUUGUAUGUAAAAAUAUAAAUUUAUUUUAGUAAUUGGCGCCUUUUUUUAUAAGAAUAAUUGAAUUAUAUACCGAUUUUUUAUAUUAAUCUUGAACCCUAUUAAAAUGUUUGUUCAUUUAUAUUAAUUAAUUACCGAGUGGUAUAUUGUUUCAAUGUAACGUAUGAAGUACGCAUUAUGGUAUUUAUUCUUUUAUGUAUUCGAGUGUAGUAAAUGUAACUGAGGUACCUAACUUGUGUAAUUAAUACUAAGUUGUGAUAGAUCAAAUUCUGUUUACACUUAAGUUAUAAGAAGGACAACUAUUACAGUUGUUCACAAUGGGUAUUUAUGUUGUUAUUAUACUACUACAGUUAUUAUCAAUGGUUAGUUAUGUUGUUUUUCUCUAGGUAUUUUGUUAAUCGAUAUUUUUUUUUAUUUAGAAUUUACAUAAAAUUUAUAUUUUUUUCAGUGUAUCUUUUCACUAUUCUCUGCUGGCCAUUCGCCUUUUAUGAAAAAGGUCAAUGUUAAUAGAGAAUGCCGUAAGAAAUGGUAUUCAGCCGCAUACAACCAUUGAGUUUUUGCAACAAAUUUAAAAUUGUAAUUCUAUUUAGAUGGGGGGCGCCCUAUACUGUUUUAGUCUUUGUACUGUUGGCGGUUCUUCGAGCUACGAGUAUGCCACGAAUUGCCAUUUCGGCCUACCGAUUCUUCGAGUUAUUGGUCCUUUUGGUUUUUCUGCGUAUAUCCUCAUUUUAAAUUAUUUCCACAGCUCGCUGAGCGAGUUAAUAAUCUCUCAUAUGACUUGUUAUGUUUUGUAAAUAAAGUAGCAGAAUAUUAUUUUUGUUAUUCGGAACCUGCCAUUGUUCAAAAAUAUUCAGAUAUUUCCAUUAUAAUAUCAGCUAGGUACAACGAGCAUACUGUAGUUACUAGGUGAAGCUCUGGCAGGAACCUUCCUACUGUGGAUUUGACACGUGUAAUAUAUACAUUAUCGUUAGCAAAUAAAAUAGAUAUAUUUUACUAUUGUUGUGUUGUUAUAUCUAUGUGUUGAUAUAUCUACUAUAUGUGUUGUGACUUCUUGAUGGAAUUUCAUAAUAUUGAUCACACAUGUAUAAUAAACAGCACUUAAAAUACUUGUACUUUGUUCAGCUGUAUUUAUUAAAAUAUUGGUUACUUACACAUUUUUGAGUGAGGAUGAAAUGAUGAAAUAAUACUAUAUAAUCGAUAUAAAAAAAUAUUGAUUGACUUCAAUGCAAGUAUAUAAAUAUAUUACCAUAAGAAGCAUUAUAAUAGCGUCAUAUGAGCGUCAUGUUAGUUAUCGUCACUUUUUGUAAUUGUUUGUCUACAUUUGCUUAUAAUGAGACAGCAACGGUAUUAUACAAUUAAGUACAGACGUUUGUUCAAAUCAAAACAUAAAAGGGGAUUAAUUGAAUACAUUUGAAUGUAUUUAAUUCCCGUGGUGGGUGACGAAGUAAGAAUACAUAACGAUUAUGUCACCACUGAUUAUAAUUAUAUAAUUAAAAAGAGGCGUAAAUAGGUUUCUUCAGGGCCGGCAACGCGCGCGUAAUGCCCUUGGUGUUACAGACUUUUUGAUUACGGUUACUGCUUACCGUCAGAUGGAUUGUAUGCUUGGGUGCCACCUCAAUGGUAUAAAAUAAAUCCCGGGCAGAUGUAUAAAAUACAAUAUACUAGUAUAUAAAGAAAAUAUUGAAAUAAAUUUCUGUUCUAAAACACCUGGCCCAUGACAUAGUAAUAGGAUACUAUCCCCUCCUAAUGGGGAACAACAAUGGGGCCGAUUCUAAGAUGUCAUUUAUCUAAAUUUAUCUCUUAACCAAAUACUUUGACUUGAUAGGUUUCCGAAAUUAUUGUUUUGUGGAUCAUCAUAAAUAAAAUUUUGUUAUAAUUUUGACUUACAUCUCUUAGAAAUUCAGUUUCUAUUGGUCCUUACGAUAAAGAUUUCGUUGUGAUAUCAAAUUGAAAUUUUGAUUUUGGAGAUAAGUUUGGUGAAAUAGCGCUUCAGUAUUGACCCUAGUGCCCACAUAAUUAUUAGAUACAAGAUUAAGGUUAUUAGGGUUAUUGUUACUUAAAUGGUAUUAUUUAAUUAAUCUCAUUGCAUCGCGAAGACGGGGUUGUUUCUAUAAAUAAUAUAUAAUAAUGUUGGUAGUAAUAUAGGGUAUAUUGUAUCAACCUUCGUGCGAUCUCCUCUAUAAUUUAUGUUGUUUUAUUUCUGGUGAAUUGGUCACAAUAUGCAAACUGACCUGACUUUAUUCUCAUUAUUCACUGGCAGGGCUGCUAGGACGUUGCUUAAUCUGUCGGAGUACAUCUUCACAGGCGUGGUUGCAAUUCCAUUGAAUCACGGAUGAACCGUUUAGAAAAUACUUUUUUUUGCUUAUGCAUUGUACCGGGUCUUUAUGAGAAACUGAUUAUACAUAACAAUCGCUAUAGAAUUGUAACUCAACAAAAAUAAUGUUACGUUUUAUGGUCGUUAAGAAGUUGAUAUUAUUACUGUAUAUAAAAAAACUCUUAUACAAGUUUGUAAUUUGAUCGUAUCGUCGUAUAUGUAAUAUCGAUUCUAUUAAAGUUGUGAAGCGGGUUUGCGCAAAAAUUACAUACGUUAUAUUUGGACAGCUCGUUGCAACCAGGUAUAAUAACUUACAAGAUAUUUUAAGUAUUUUUAUACUUCAGAAGGUUGGUAAAAUAAUUGGAAAGAAGCACAAUUCAAAAUAUCUAGCAAACAGCAGAUUAUUGAGAAAUCGUGUCAUUUUAUUUGUUAACUUAGAGUCCUAACGAAAAAAGUAUUAGAUUAUUGUUAAUUGUUUAGUUCUGAAUGAAACUUUAAAAGAAAGAACUAGAAUCCUGAUGUAAUUAAUAGGUGAAAAGAGAAAGGGAACUUGUUUGAAUAAAAGUAAGAGUCAUCACAAUCAGUAUUGAAAUAAUAAAGAUAUGCAACAUAUACACACACAAAAUAUACAGUCUAAUUAAAAAGUUUUAUUGAAGUCGGUUGAGAGUAACGUUUUCUGGUAGUGCAAAAUAAUUUGAAAGACUUAUUUUUCAAUUAUAACUUACAUGUAAAAAUUAAAUAAUAUUCAGAAACAUUCGAGACAAACAGAAUUAUAUUACUUCUACAUCGAUGAAUAAAAUGAACUGAAUGGCAAUCAGACCAUCGUUUGUUAAAUAAUAUUAUCUCGUACCUGUUCAAGUAAAAUACUCGUGGAUAGUGUAAAUAAUCAUUCUACUAAACAAUAAAAUUGUAUUGGACUGUGUUGUAGGGUAUUUUGUAUUUUUGUAGUUCAUCUAACUGUAUAUUUCUCAAUAUAUUACGAGUAAAAUGAAAAGAUCAGUUGAUUUUCUUCAGAUACUUUGGUCGUCAAUUUCUUCAUGACAUUAUUUCAAACUGAUCAAUAUAUUGAUAUGAGAGAUUGUAUCUCGCAUAUCAAUAUAUUAAUAUUUUUUUCGAGUUUAGCGAGUUGCGAGGUGAAAUCCAAGGCUAAAAUGGAAACGGGGCAUGAAUGUGCUAAAAACCUAUAAUAGUCAGGAAGGUGCAGAUUAUAAGCUAAAUCUGUAUAUAAUACUGUACAUAAAAAUAUUAAAAAUAAAGCCGUAUUUUAUUUAGGGGCCAAUAGAGAAUAUAAAAAAAAAAGAUUUUACAGUGAGCUAUCAGCAAUUGUAGCUAUUUAUUAAUUUAGAUCUUAUAGACGAUUUCAGGUAAUCACAUUUUUUACAUUUUAUGUAUGUACCAAAUAAAAAAAAUGUUAACAACAUUAUUAUAUGUUUGGAUUAACUAUCAUUUUCUGUAUAGGUGGCUACAACAUAAGUCAGGUAUCGAGCGUUAAAUAUAUAACCGAUCAGUAAAUAUAUACUGAAAUAUAAGUAAUUAUGAAAACGGAACUUAGUAGACCACACUCUUUAGUCAACACAAUAUUUUAUCAUUAUAGAAAAAGGUCUCUUUUUUAUAAUUUUUAUAACUAUUUCGAAGACUUAUAGAUUCAACGUUUUCAAUGUUUUGGGACUACUUUGUAUAUAAAUUACUAAUUAACUAUUUUUGACUACCUAUAGUUAAUCUUAGAUUAUAUAGAUAGAGCAUUGAGUCUCAAUAACAUGUCAAUGUUUAGUAUCUAAUACAUCUAUAUAAUCUAAGUUAAUUAUAUUGUAAAGAUUAUUAGCUUAAGUAGGUCUAUCAAAUAAUAAAUCAUUAAUAGGAAAUAAAAUGGUGUUACUUAACAUACAAUAUUGCUGUGUACAAUAGAUAGCCGUCAAAUACCAUUUAAUGUUAGAUAUAAGAUACCUAUAUAUCUUAUAAGUAAAUUUUUAAAUGUUUUAAAUAUUCAUAGUACAGUAUCACCUUAAAUAUAUUAUUAUAGAGUUAACCAGAUCUAUAUACAUAUUUUUUUCAUGUUCAAGUAUUCUACCUUUAAUUUAACAUUCGUUACAUUUGGUAAAUGAACUUUUAAGAUUAAUAUACAAUCUAGUCAAUUGGAAAAUGAACUUUCUCAAAUUGCCUUACGGUAGAGUGUUCUGGAUUAUCUCCAGAUGUUCUUUUUCUUAUUUAUUCAUUUUUAGACAGACAAUGGAUACAAUUGCGUAAUAAAAAAUUUUAUUUACUCACAUACAUUUUAGCAAUUUUGCACCAACAUUUAGUAUAAUUAAAUAGUAUUUUCAGAAUAAGAACUAAAAUGCUAAGUGGUUUAUUAUUAUGAUAAAUGUGUUAUAAUUUGGAUAUAUUUUUUAAAUUAAUUAAUAUUUCACAAGAGUAAUUUCUUGCAUACAAUAUACGUAAUAGGAUUUAUUAAUAAAUGCGUUUCAAGUAAUAAUUCCCAUGGAUUAACAAAAUUUAUUUAAUUUCUUGAGUAUUCUAAAUUUUUAUUUUGAGUAUUAACAAAAUUUUGUUAUAACUAACUCAUUUGAUUGUAAUAAUUUUUUUGUGACGUGAAAUAACAAUUUAUAUGUUAAUAUAUUUCGAUCUGAAAUGUAAGAGGUAAUAUAAGAGAAGUGCUAACUUAGACAAAUGAGACAAUUUGGUGUUGAGGCAUUUAAUGCCAUGAGUGGUACAAGUGCUAUAUACCUACCGAUGUAUAACUAAGUGUCAGCAACUUAUGGAUUUUUGCAUUCGUUUUUUUAACGAGUAGUUUGUAAUAAAAACUCAUUUUAUCAUCAAAAAAUAUAAUAAACUCUAAGAUUAUAUAGAUAUAGCUUCAAGCCUCAAAAACGCGUCAACUUUUUGUCAGCUAAUUGUUAAAUUAGCUGACACGUUUUUUUUUAUCAGUGCUCAAUAUAAUUGUGCAUAAAAUUUAUCUUGAUGUAUUAUUUAAUAAAUAAAAUGAGUGUUUACGCAUUAAAAAGAUGUAGAAAUUAUAAGACAAAAUAAAUAUAGAAGUUGUAAAGGAAUCACUCAUAACUAUUUGUCACUCAAAAUUGGACAAAAAUGGACAGACUCUAUUUAUAUAAUCUAAGAAUAAACUGUAUAUAUCACUUUUUUAUAUUUUAAAUUUGAGAGCAAAACAGUAAAUUAAUCUAGUAGGUCUUUAAUUGUCAGAAGGAAGUUAUAAGUUUUUGUACUAGGGAAUUAUUUUGUGAAACACAAUAUUACUAUGUCGCAUUUAAUUGUGAUUAAUUACUAACUGAAUUGUCAAUAUGUACCAAUUAAUCUUCUAUUUACUAAGUAAUUCUAUUCAGUAGUUAAAUACUUUGUAAAUUAAUAAACAUCAAUGUCUUUUAUUACUAUGUGUGAUUUUUAUAUAUGUUUAAUACUAGGUAUUCGUUACGUUAUUAAUUGUUUACCAACUGGUAUAAAUUUUAUAAGUAAGUGGUUGUAACUGUAUAUGUAACAUAUUUUUGUGGUCUCAAACUUCAAAUCCAAAGUUAGAAUAAUUGUAGUUAGGUAUAACACAUAAAAAAAAUAUCCCUAUACAUCUUAGAUGUUAAAGUCUACUGAAAAAAAAACUGAACUAAUUGUUAGUUCAUGCUAUAUAUUCUGUGUAUUAAUUUAUUUUAUUAAAUUAUCUUUAUUUUAUUAUAAAAUGUAAUUUAUAAAAAAUAAAUACAAAUUGGUGCUGAAUGUGGUGAUAGAAAAUAAAAUUAAUAACAAAUAUAUUUAAUGAAUAAUAAUAUUCUAUGAGCCUAAUUGAUUAAUAUUGUGUAUUAAAAAUUGCCUUUUAUGGUUAGCACCUAUCUGUAUGUAUGGCAAAUAAAUAAUAUUAUAUGUUAAAGAUAAAUUUCAAAAAGAAUAAUUUUGUCAUUUUUUUAUAUUUUUUUAUUUUGAAAAUGUAAUAUAAGUAAUAUUAAUAUCUAUGCGCAUAAUUUCCUAUAAAUGAUGUGUAAUGAAAUAUAACUUAUUGGAUUUUCAUAACGAUCAUUCUAUUAAAAACCAUGAACAUUCAAUAUUUAUAUGUAAACAUAAAAGAGCGUUGGAAUUAUUUUAAUAAUUCUAUUUCUAUAAAUGUUUCCAGUGGAUACGUUUUACCGUUUAUUGAUGUUGUAAGAAAUGAAAAUUUAAAAAUAAAUGUAAUAUUAAAUUGUAAUAGGAAUGUGUUAAUUAAAUAAAUG